AUGGGAUGUCAAUUUUGUAACUUAAAAGGUGUAUCUAAUAUAGAUGCUAGUAUUAGUCAUAUAUACUUUCCAUUAAAAUAUCCUACAAAGAAUAGUGAAGAAUCAUAUAAUACAAAAAAUCUUCCUUUGUACAAUUAUGAAUUAUAUUUAAACAAACCAACAAUUUAUACACAAGUUUUUUCUUCAAAACUUUCUAAACAAUAUAAUCCUCAACAAGUUAUUUGGAUCAAAGAUAGCACAAAUUUAAAUAAACCUAUUGAAGAACUACGAGACUGGGAAGUAAAAUAUGCCAGAUUGCAUACAGAUGAAGGGUAUAUGCUUGGUUCUUUAAUGUCAAUGACUUCAGCUAAUUCAUAUGAAAAUGCAUAUGUAAUGGAAUUUGAUAACUAUGAAUUUGUGGAUGUAUCAAUGAUAUGA